CCAUUUAACAACUACUCGCAGUCGGCUCGCGGUGUUCAUACGCUCACUUAGUUGCUGGUUAGUUUAGCAAUGCUUUACGCUGGUGAAUUUCAAAUUUUAAUAUCUAACUAAAGUUUGUUAGUGACGGACGUGUGUGUGGUCGCGAGUGCGCCAAACAAAAAAUUAUUUGAAGCCAAAAAAAAAAAACAAAAAAAUUAACGAUACGGACACGCAUGUCCAAGUGGCAGACAAGUGGGCAUUUUUCGGUUCGCAUUUUGUUUUGUUAUAAUUUCUCGGUUAUGGAGUGAAAAUUUUGAACACAAAAAAAGUAAAAUAAGUGUUGGCAAUAGAAAAAUACUUUCUAAGCAAGUGGUGAGUAGUCAUGAAAUGUAAACGAAAGAGUGGAAAAUUAGAGUAGACAAAAAAUGUGGUAAUCGAAGAAAAAUUGUUUCAAAUAAAUUAGAAAUAAAAAUUUAUUGUUAUUGUGAAACUGUUUAAAAAAAUACAAAAAUAAAAGUAAAUAUUUUGCAAACUUGCUAAUUUAAGGAAAAAAUUAAAAACAAAGCUAUAAUACCCGAGUGCAUUAGUGCGAAUGCAUUUAAAAAUACCGUUUUUAGAGAAGAAAAAAAUCGAAAACAAAACGUCAAGUUUGUAAAUGUCAGUGUGAACCAUAGUCGAUUGGUUGAAGUGUAAAUGUGCAGUUAGAAUAGCCUACCCUCCCUCAUGCCCCUAUAUUUGUAUGUGUUAUUAACGGUUCUUGCCUGGAAAACAAACGGGAAGCAACAAAAAAGUGCGUUUAAUAACUAAUCACUUCCUUCUUACGAAAUUAAAAAAAACAAAGUAAAAACAACAACGCCAACAAUCGAGUGUCAAUGCAUUAAGUGAGUAGUGGUGGUCAGCGCACGCGUCAUCGGCCACUUUAGCCAGCUGUUGGACGGUUAUUUGGCCAGCACAGCCAUACACGUGCAAAUAUACAAACGCGUAAGUGACGCGAACGUGACACGAAUGUGAUUAAGGAAUAGUACCGUGAAGUAUUAAACUAUAAUACAACAACAGUAACUGCUUAGUAGCCGUGGUAAUUUACAUAUCUACCACACGCACCACGCAUACACAUUCACACACACACACACGCCUGUCUGCACAUUCAUCAUGCAGACAACACCAAGCUCAUCACCGCCUGAUUUCGAUUUCAAUCUGCCGUGCCGCUUCUUCAAAAGCUCCUUUGCCCGCUCGCUCUCCAUGCAUGGUAGUGGCGCAGACGCGGUCGAUGGCAACGAUAUGCAGUGCAAAUCAUUAGAUUUCGAUAUCGGCCAAUAUCGUAAAAUUAGCGCUUUUCAUAACAACAACAGCAGCAGCAGCAGCAGCACCACCAAUUUAGAUAUUGACACCAUUCAACUGGAGUGUCCGCCUUUGCCGCAACGCCGGCAAUCAACAACAACAACAACAAGCAUAACUACAACCAAGAAUGAGGCCAUCAACACCGACAACCACAACAGCAACAAUACAAACAACAACAUUGCCUACAUGGAUAGCAAUGUCAGCGAUGUUGUGGUCGAGGAAGAUGUCAAACCGCCAGCAAUUCCAGCACGCUGUCCCAUUGUCGCUAAGUCAAAGUCAGCCGGCGCAUUGAACGUGCAACAUAGACGGUCGCAGCAGCAUUUGUUUGAAUUUGAAUUCAGGCGUUUAACGUUUGGCGAGAAUGCGAACACAAGUGGGAAUGCGGUUGUCGGCGUCGCCACCACAGCAGCCGCCACUCAUGGGGAAUUUAACAGGCCAAUUAAUCACAGCACACAGCAGCAACAACAGCAACAUCAGCCACAUUUUAUUGGUAGUUGCAAUGCAAACAACACUAACAACAAUGAUGAUGACAACAAAAAAGUUGGCUGCCGUUGCAGUCUCAGCAAUAGAAGGAAUGUUUGGCCUACAGACCGCGAUGCCUCGCAGCAGCAACAGGGUGACAAUCUUUCGUUCAAUGCAACAGUUGACAUGAACGGCGUGGAUGAUGGCGAUUGUGCUGCAACACCAGCCCCACCAGUGGCUGCCAGGCGUGCAACGCUAACACCUCAUUAUGCUGCAACAACCUCAACAUCAGUUACGGCGCCGCGCGCCACUCCUCCCGGCAUUGAGCGCUCCGGCACGAACGCUUUUAAGGCACAUAGCGACAACUCAGCGAUAACAGCUAACGUACAAGUGGUGUUGUUGCAAAAUCAAGUGGACACAUUGCAGUGGCAAUUAAAGCAGGUCGAAACCGGCAAGGAAAUGUAUCGCGCUGUCAUCGAAGAGGUUGCUCGUUUCCUUGAUCGCUAUCAAACGCAAAGACAGCAACUGCACCAAGUACAGCAGCAGCAACAGAUAUCUCGAUCCAAGAGUCUCUACCAAGUUUAUGAUGGCAGCAGUAACGGCCAAGAUACAGAACAAAACGCCAGUGGCGAUAAAUCAGCAGCCACAACGUCAUGUUUACGCGCGCGCAGCACCAACAACCCAAACGUAGACCAGAAGCAAUCGGCCAAUAGUAGUUCGAAAACAAGCCGCGCUAAAAUGGAACACGAUGCCAUCAACCCGUCGCCCAAUAAUCCAUAUACAACCUUCAAGGACUUCACUUGGCGCCGCUCGCCCAGGAAGUAUGCCGAGUCGAAGGCACUAGCCGCCGCCAAUGAAGUUGAAGAAAAAUUAAAUCAGGAAGCUUUUCGUCUUUCACGUACGAUACAAAAUCUGCUCAACACAUCUACACAACAACCGGAUUUAACGCAGCAUCGUAACGCAUUGAUCGCACGUAGCAAUGGAGCGCAAAGUAAAGUGACGAAAAUGCCACUGCUGCCGCCACCAACAAACCCAGCACCACCAACCAUCAUACCAAAACUCAUUAUGCCUGCUCAAAGCAAUGCGAAUAAGAAGCAUAUUACAAAUGCUGAAGCGGAUAAAUGCAACAGUCUCGCAGUUCCAGCUGACAGCUCGCUUGCCACCGCCACCGCUGAAAUGCUAUUCCUGCGCGCAAACGUCAUACGCGACUCUCGCCUAUCGUUGCGCAGCUCCACCGAUAGCUCAGUACAUUCCACCACCUCCAAUUCAUCGGCAGUGUCUUCCUCUUCGUCGUCGGCUGCAUCGACCACUUCGAGCAAAGUCGAGACCGACGAGGAUAUUACGCCGCCGCAUCCAUUUCAUUCGAUCGCACUGCCAAACAAGCAGCAUCAACAUCCGCUCAGCUCAGCCACAGAGGAUGAGAGCGGUUUCAGUUCGAUAAGCUCUUUUCAUGAUGUCGGUGUACCUUUGAGCUCCACAAUGAUAUCGAAUCGCAUGUCUUUGCCGAACGUAAAAUUCGGUACAGCUAACUGCGCUAAAGUAACGGUUACCGCAUCUGACGUAAGUGACAACAACGAGACCAGCAACAGUCGUAAUUCGACCUUGAAAGCCAACCAUCCCAGCAAUGUGCUCGGACUACCGCUGCAAGCCGCACACGAUAUGCAACACCGCUGGGACACAACAACGAAAACUAGUUACCGCAACGCCAAUACAUACCAACGCUUCUCCACACUUUCCAAUGAAGAUGCGGCUGCUGUACUUUGGGUUUAGAUGUCCAUACCUGCACCUGCACCUGCACCUCAUCUCGGCUCAAGUGUACUUUACGCAUUUAACUGCUUAAAUGUUUUUUUAGUACAGAAAUCGAGAGAAUAUUUUUAAAUUUGGUUCGGUUUGGAAUUUUUUUUUUUUUUGCAGUUUUAAAGUAAAAUUAAUGAUUAAGUGCUAGGGGCGCUUUAUAUCUAAUUAGUACUGUUAUUCGAUGGUACACAGCAGUGCCUUUUAUUAUGUAUAGUAAAAUACGUAUUUUAAUGCUUACUGUUAGUUUUAUGGUAGAAAUUUAAAAACUUACGAUUAUCCAUUUUCAAACCGUCCAUUUUCUGCCACACAUUCAUGAAUGCAUUUAUGUUGAUUACAAUAUUUUCAUUAUACGAGUACAGUUUGAGAAACUUUUUUAAUUCAUGCUAAGAUACGUUUAAAAUGUACGAGUAAACUCAAAUAAAACGCCACUUGGCCUUAUUAGAUUGCGCAGUAAAUAA